CAAAAGCUAGCAACUACACAUAUUUAACCAUGAGAAACAUUGUUGCGCGCACAUCAUCCUUCCUUGUCCUCCUCCUCCUAUGCACAAGCCAAUUCGCAUCGGCUACCAGGAAAACCCUCAACAAGGAACACCCGUGCAAGAGGUUUGUCCUCUACUACCACGACAUACUCUUUGAUGGCAGCGAUGUGGCCAACGCGACAUCUGCGACUAUUGCUAACGAGACCAAGCUUGGCGACUUCAAGUUUGGGAAGCUGGUUGUGUUUGAUGACCCAAUGACGAAAGAUAACCAUCUUCACUCCCCAGCAGUCGCUCGAGCUCAGGGCUUCUAUUUCUACGACAUGAAGAGUGACUACAACUCAUGGUUCGCCUAUACUUUAGUGUUCAACUCCACUGAACAAAAGGGCACAUUGAACAUCAUGGGUGCAGAUAUAAUGGCAGCUCAAACUAGGGAUUUUUCCAUUGUGGGCGGCACUGGAGAUUUCUUCAUGGCAAGAGGAAUCGCUACCAUUGAGACCGACACUUUUCAAGGAGCCAAGUAUUUUCGCCUCAAAAUGGACAUCAAAUUAUAUGAGUGUUAUUAGAGAAGCUUUCUUCGCAGAGCUCUCAUUCUUGUGUGUGUUCUGCAAGAAGAGAGAUUGAUUAUCUUAUCCAACUAAGUAUUUUCUUUA